AAGUUCAUUAUAGUUUGAUGUUAAAGAAGUUUCCGCAGCAUUUAUAGCCAAAAUUCCUCUAGAGAUGGCCAUUUUUUUGUUCUAUUGGAUUCUGGCCUGUAUCUGUGGGAUAAGUCUCGGCAAUGUAAAUUCAAAUGAGAAGAUUUACUCAGACAACAUCACUCGCAUUCUGGAUAGACUUUUGGACGGUUAUGACAAUAGACUGCGACCUGGAUCUGGAGGUGGCAUUACUGAGGUGAAAACCGACAUCUUUGUGACAAGUUUUGGACCUGUGUCUGAUGUUGAGAUGGAAUAUACCACGGAUAUGUUCUUUCGACAGAUGUGGGUUGAUGAGAGGCUCAAAUUUGAGGGUCCCAUUGAAAUCCUACGGUUGAACAAUCGCAUGGUAGACAAAAUCUGGAUACCGGACACCUUCUUCCGAAAUUCCAAAAAAUCUAUUUCUCACAACAUGACCACACCUAACAAGCUUUUCCGGAUUAUGCAAAACGGGACUGUACUCUACACAAUGAGACUAACAAUAAGUUCAGAGUGUCCAAUGAAUCUUAUGGACUUCCCUAUGGACGGUCACACUUGUCCUCUUCGAUUUGGAAGCUAUGCCUACACCAGCAGUGAAAUCAUUUUCACUUGGAGAAAGGGGCCUAUCAAGUCUGUUGAUUGUCCCAAAGAGUCCAUGAGCCUUUUGCAGUAUGAUCUGGUGGGACAGACGCUGUCCAGUGAGAUUUUCAAGUCCAACACAGGUCACUACUCUGUGCAGGUGGUCCAUUUCCAUCUCCAGAGGAAGCUGGGAUACUACCUCAUCCAGACAUACAUUCCACUUAUCAUGAUUGUCGUGCUGUCACAAGUCUCUUUCUGGAUCAAUAAGGAGUCCGUCCCUGCGCGUACAGUCGCCGGCAUCACCACAGUGCUAACAAUGACCACCUUGAGCAUCAGCGCCCGCCAGUCCCUCCCCAAAGUGGCCUAUGCCACAGCCAUGGAUUGGUUCAUUGCCGUGUGUUUUGCCUUUGUGGCGUCAGCCCUCAUCGAGUUUGCGGCAGUCAACUACUUUGCCACGCUGCAAGCCAACCGCCUGAAGAGGACAAAAGCCCGACAAGAAAAGCUCGAGGUUUUAGCUACAACUAGCGACGAUGAAGACAUCAUUUCGGAGUCUAACACCAGCCCUCAAGAAGGCCUUAAGAGGAGAAACCACUCGAUGUGCCCCAGUGAAGCAACCGAGGCACCGCCCAUGCCAAUAUUCCUUCAGCAAGGCUCAGCCUUCCCGCAAAUCCCGCAGCUGGCUGGCACCAGCCCCAUCGACAAAUAUGCCCGCAUUCUCUUCCCCUUGACCUUCGGCCUCUUCAAUCUGGUCUACUGGUACAUCUACCUGGCCAAGGACACCAUGGAGAGAGCCAGGGAUGUGGAUCGAGCCUCUUAAAAGCAAGACGGCCAGGGAAAGGGCACGUGCAGAGUGAGAGACCCCCCUCCCCCCUCCGCAUUCUCUCUCUGAAGCUCUCAGCAUUUGUUCUGCUCUCAUCUGACAGAGGAAAUGAAUCAGAAACUCAUUUAUUCGGCUGCCGCACAUCUAUUCAUUUCACAGGCUGUGACCGCUGCCCACUUGUGUUCUGAUCAGUAGGCCGAAGAGCUGCCCUUCACGGGUCUCCAUCCCUAUCGAGCCCCCUGACCCAUCAAACCAGACGACGACGGUCCGAUAACGGCAUGCGCGCCGCCUCCAGCAACGCACGUUACAUGAAAAAGAAAGCGGAUGAUAUCAUCGCCGAUGGCUGCACCUGCUAGUGAUGCAAGAAGGAACCAACGCUUUCAGAAGGCUGCCCUCUACAGAGUCACAGCCCCCACUGCAAGCACAUCAAAGUCAACUUCCCUCUUCAAAUGUGAUCAAAGCUGAGAGAAUGAAUGGUGAGGGUGGGCUUUGUCCAUGCAUGACGCUGUGGGGGUUCGUUUUCUUGCACUGCAGGCUGCUUCUAAAAACGCUGCAUGAGGAAAACACAAUUCUUUUUAAUUUUCUCGUCACAAAUGCAACAUAAAAAAAAUUGCCCAAGUAGAGCGACCUUCCCCACGCUCUUAAAACUGCUGGGUUUAAAGUAACUCAAAUGGCUAACUCAGCACUAAGUCUAAAAGGGACAGACACCCACUGCAUUGGGUUGAGGAUUUGGGUUGAGAUUUUGAUCCUACAUAGCGGUACAAACAGUUGGGCAAAAGAAAUAACCCAAUUUGGGUGAAACAUUGACAGAUCCUCUAGCUGACCGGCACAGCACAAGACAAAGAUUUCUCCACUGUCAUGUCUACUUGGCAAAACUAUUGUAGUACCGCAACUAAUCUGUGAGAGGCAGCAUUGUGCUACAGGGCAUCUGUACUGCAAGAGUAGUUGUAGAAGAAGAAAAACACAUGUUAGGCUGACUGUUAGCUUAUCUGGUAAUUAGUGACUUUCUUGUGAAUGACACAUACUCAACCA